AUGUCCCUCUUCUCUGGCAUAAAGCUCACAUCCGACAAGGCCAAAUCGCUGGCCGCCGAGGCAGAGGCCACAUCGACGCCCCCAAAGGUGUCGGUGUCAACACAACCUGUGGAGGCCCCAAAGCCCUCGAGCUCGAGACCACAAGCCGAAGCUCCCAAGCCGGCGGCCCCGUCCUCGUCCUCAUCGGCCUCGGCUGCAUCUGCCGCGUCCUCUGCCGCACUCAAGUUUGCGCCGCGCCUCCACAAGCCAAAACCAGUCUCGCGGCCCGCCAUCUCGCCAGCCGUCUACUCGGCGCUUGCGACUGCCCCCGCAGCGGCUGUCGUCGAAGCUGCUCCGGUACUGAACACCCCAGCCGAGGCGGACGACAAGCCGCGCGCGCCGGCCAUGACGCUCGCCGCAGCCGACAAGGACCGCAAGCGCGAGCGCGAAGGCGGCGGCGACGAGGGCCAGAAGCGCAAGAAGAAGAAGAAAAAGCGCAGGCAGGAGUGGGUGGCGCAUACGUUCCAGCCCGGCGAGGACUAUGACCCGAACAACCCCAACGACCUGGGCGAGUACCAGAACUACAGGAAGAAGCUGCGGGAAGAGCGUCGCGCGCAGUUGAUAGAGCUGAGACGGCGCCGGGCCGCCGGCGAGCUCAGCGACGACGACAGCAGUGGCGACUCGGAUAGCAGCGAUGAUGCUGGACCAAGGCGCGAUGCGCCGAGGGCUUGGGCGCCGCCCAAGGCCUACUCGCCCCCGCCAGCGAGGACAAUAGCGCGGCCGCCGCCGCCGCGCAGCCCGCCGCGGGACCCACCACCACCGCCGAGAGACGCGCCCCCACGGCCACCGGUAUCCGCUGCGUCGGGCGACGAGGCAUAUGCCCGGCGCGCGGCCAUGUCCUCUGCAGCCACAGGCGACGACGCGUACGCGCGCCGCGUCGCCAUGAGCCAGGCAGCGACGGGGGAUGACGCCUACGCGCGCCGCUUGGCCAUGUCGCAGCAGCCGGCGCCGGCAGCGGCAGCGACGGUGGCUCCGCCUCCCUCGGCACCCCCUCGAGGGUUCCAACCCCCGCCAGCACAUCUCGUCGCUGGUGCGCCUCCGCCUUUCCGCCCCCCACCAGCACAUCUCGCAUCUGGUGCGCCGCCUCCCCCGCCGCCACAGUCAUUGCCGCGUCCGCCUGUUCAGCCGCCGUUCCCUCCAAGGGCGCCACCAGCUCCAGCUCCAGCUGAGCCUGCGGCCAAUGCCAAUCCGGAAUUUGCGCGCCAGCUGGAGGAGAAGAAGAGACAGCUCGAGGCUAUUGCUGCCAAGUUCAAGGGCUCUCUACCGCCGGCCCCAGUGCAGCUCACCGAGGAAGAGUGGGUCGCAUGUAUUCCUACGUAG